AGUAGUGUUUAUGUGCCCAUCGAAUUAAUAUGGAAAAACAAGAAAAGAGCGAAUUGGUGUAUGAAUAUACAAAACGUCGAAAAGAGUUUGGAAGACAGACUCUGUUCGAAGAUUAUGGCCCCGAGAUGCGUGUCAGUAUACCAAAUAAUCCGGCGCUUUACAAAAAUUAUAUUCUUCGCAACCCAGUUGAUGUGGCCAUACAAAAUACGGGUACUAUGUCCGAACACUGGGUGAAUUCUGUACGAGCAGAAUAUACGAGUUCAGGCAUAAAUCAUGUCGAAGGAGGAUGGCCAAAGGACAUUAAUAUGAAUGAUCCAGAAGCGGCACAGAGAUAUCGUCGGAAAAUAGAAAAGGAUGAUGCCUAUAUUCAUGCAGUUAUGCAUCUUGGUCACAGUAUGGAACACAAUAUUCUACAGAACAACGCAGUGGAUAUGUAUCAGACGUAUUAUUCAGAAUUGCCGUCCAUACCGCCAGUGGAACGUAGCAGUUGUCACACAGUAAAUGUUUAUAGAGAACCGGGAACCAGAAGACCUGUAAGGUCUUUAUCGUGGCAAGCUGAAGGAGCCCGCUUGGCUUCUGCUCAUGCUGAUAUUGACUUCAUGAGGAGUAACAGAAGCUUACAGUUUUCAUACAUUUGGGAUAUCGAAAAUGCGAACGCUCCAGAUCUCAUAAUAGAACCAACUCAGCCGCUACUAGACCUUCAGUAUAACCCUCGAGACCAGCAUAUUCUGGUUGGUGGUAUGUUAAAUGGACAGGUAGGCUGCUGGGAUAUGCGCAAAGGUGGGGAACCGUUUGCAAUGUGUCCUCCACAUGUGGCCCAUAGAGAAUUGGUGCGAAAUGUACUGUUUGUUCAUUCAAAAACUGGAGCUGAAUUCUUCUCCUCAUCUCCCGACGGAGUUGUAAAAUGGUGGGAUAUACGUAGUAUGAAUGAACCAACGGAUUCAAUGAUCAUAGAUCUCGUUAAACUACAGUCAGAUACUCAAAGUGUCGAUAAAGCUCUAGGAAUAUCCGCUCUAGAAUAUGAACCAACUAUUCCAACCAGGUUUAUGGUCGGAACCGAAACAGGUUUAGUGAUAGGAGGCAAUCGUAAGGGCAAAACGCCGUUAGAAAAACUACCCUCAAAAUACGAAGCUCAUUUAGGACCCGUAUACGCACUUCAAAGGAAUCCAACGUUUUUAAAGAACUUUUUGACGGUUGGCGAUUGGACAGCGAAAGUGUGGAGCGAGGACUGUCGAGAGUCGUCCAUUUUGUGGACGUAUUCACAUCACACUAAACUAACUGAUGGAGCUUGGAAUCCCGUUAGAUUUUCCCUCAUGUUGAUAACUCAAUGGGAUGGUUGCCUUUCUUGCUGGGAUCUUCUCCGCCGACGCAGUGCGCCCAUAGUAACGGCUCAACUAUGUGACGAACCAUUGCUUAGAGUUCGACCGCACGAAGGGGGUCUUUUAGUAGCAUGUGGGAGUAGCAAGGGAACAAUAUACCUGGCCGAGCUUUCACAAAACCUUGGAACUGCCGACAAGAAUGACAAGCAGCUUUUAACUCACAUAUUGGAACGCGAGAACAAACGAGAACGCAUACUAGAAGCCCGCAUGCGCGAGUUGAGAUUGAAGAUGCGGCAAGACCGCGACGUCGGCCAACAAGCCGCCGAAACCGAUCCCGCGGGAAAUGAUCGAGAUUUAGAGGAAGCGACUGUCGAAUAUAUGCAGACGGUGAAGGACCUCCAGGCACAGCAAAAGAGCAUUCCAUAGUUAUUUUAUGAAAUAAUAAUGAGUCUAAAUUAACACGCUUUAAUGAUAGAAUCAAGAAAAUUAUCAAACUUGCGAUCAUACAGAGUAUUCGUAAGAAAGGUAUUGCCACAGAACGUUGAUAAGUGUACAAGUUUGAAUGAAUUCUAUCCGUUUAAAAUGGGUCAAUUUGAGU